UGGGUCACUGCCACGUGGGCCCCACUCAUCUACACGGUGCCUUCACCACGUAGCACCCAAACGCCACCGCCGCGAAGCCGAGAGAAACACCGCGAAGAAGAAGAAGGCGUCGCCUUCCUCGCUCGCCGCCUCCCCCGCUUCCGCUCUCUCGCCACGCCACCAACUCCUCCUGGUCGUCUUCUUCAUCUGCGCGCUUCGCCUCGCCUCGCCUCGCUCUGGAACGCGUGGUCGAUCAGACGAUGGAGGGCGUGGCGGCGCUGCUGCAGAAGAUGCUGGUGGUGCUGGUGCAGGUGGACCCGGGCGCGCCGGGGUUCUGGCGCGAGUUCUUGGUGGGCAUGCUGAAGCCGCUGGCGGCGACGGCCGUGGUGGGCAUGGCGGUGGCGCUGAGCUUCACGCAGCGGCUGGGCCUGGAGGGCGAGAUGCUGUACGCCAUCGCGCGCUCCUUCCUCCAGCUCUCCGUCAUCGGCUUCGUCCUCCAGUUCAUCUUCACCCAGAAGAGCGCCGUCUGGAUCCUCCUCGCCUACCUCUUCAUGGUCACCGUCGCCGGCUACACCGCCGGGCAGCGCGCCCGCCACGUGCCGCGCGGGAAGUACAUCGCCUGCGUUUCCAUCCUCGCCGGCACGGCCGUCACCAUGUUCCUCCUGGUGGUGCUCAGCGUGUUCCCCUUCACCCCCCGGUACAUCAUCCCGGUGGCCGGGAUGAUGGUCGGCAACGCCAUGACGGUGACCGGGGUGACGAUGAAGAAGCUCCGGGAGGACGUGAAGAUGCAGCGGAACGUGGUGGAGACGGCGCUGGCGCUGGGCGCCACGCCCAGACAGGCGACGCUGCAGCAGGUGAAGCGGUCGCUGGUCAUCGCGCUGUCGCCGGUCAUCGACAACGCCAAGACGGUGGGGCUGAUCGCGCUGCCGGGCGCCAUGACCGGCCUCAUCAUGGGCGGCGCCUCGCCGCUGGAGGCGAUCCAGCUGCAGAUCGUGGUGAUGAACAUGCUCAUGGGCGCUUCCACCGUGAGCAGCAUCCUCUCCACCUACCUCUGCUGGCCGGCCUUCUUCACCAACGCCUUCCAGCUCAACGACGCCGUCUUCUCCGACUAGCUAAUCAACCAUGCUUUUUUUUACUCUUUAAUCACUACUACUACUUAACCAGUAGUAGUAAUUAGUGGAGUACUUAGUAGGACAACUACUAGAUGAUGAGUUGUUGUAAGUUUUGAGGUUAAUUUCUUCUUCAUAAUGGAUUAAUAAAUCAUGUGUCUUUUUGUUUUCUGUCUCUGAUUUGGGUUGGGAUUAGCAGAGGACAAACUUUCAGCUGAUCCAAAGGAUUAAUUUCUCUCUCACACAAACACAAGUGUGUCAGCCUUAAACUUUCAGGUGUUCUUUAUGGUCUUCAAGAUGUAGCAACAGGCACCAAGGU